AGUGUAUCGCCCAACUCGCCACGUCAAAGUGUCACUGAACUGUAUACAUUAGCGAUAGUGAUAGAGUUUGCUUUCUCAUAUUUAUCAGAAAAUACCUCAAUAAUUCCUCUGAAAUUGUGAUAAAAUAUUCAAAAAGGUGCUCAAGUGUGCUAACCUCACUCCUUAGUGCAAAUCAUAGCAAUCGAAUUUGUUGCCAUGGCUUUAUUCACAUAAUAACACAAUAUUCCUGGGCAGGAAGUCUUGCCAGUAAUUUAUUUAGACAAGCACAAAAGACAACCCUAAAUUGACUGAGGCGCAAAAUGUACUUUAAAAUCUUCACAAAUGUGAUAACCCUUGUGUACUUCUACGUGAGACCCCUUGUCAAGUGGUUCUUGCACAAAUUCACCAAACUCUGCGAAUUGCAGAGGAUUUGCUAUGGCGAACCUACAGGAGCACCCAGAGCAAAGAGUGUUGAACGCUCAUUGGAACUCUCGCGGAACAAACAAAUUGUCGAUAUGGUGAAGAUUCUCAAUGGGAUUGUGGAGAAAGAGUUGACGGAUGAGGACUUCUUUGCCGAUGUGACUGAUCGGGCGUUGGAAACUGUGCUAAGAGUAAAGAAGAUAAAGCCUCGCAUUCAUCCGGAUUUUCCAGCUGCCUUUGAAAUGUGUGUGGAACAGAUUUGGGGGUAUAGGAGACUGUACCAUGAAGUGGAACGCCUGAGAAUGACUCCCUACGACUGCGACAAUCUACAGCAUGAGAUAAAACUGAAUGAACUUUGGAAGCUUUUGAUGCCAGAUGUGGAAUUAGAGGCAAGAGUGACGAAGCAGUGGCAGGAUAUUGGAUUUCAGGGAGAUGAUCCAAAGACAGAUUUCCGCGGGAUGGGAAUUCUAUCGCUGGAAAAUCUCCUUUUCUUCGCCAGGGAAUAUCACGGAGCUGCCCAACAUGUAUUGUCACAUUCCCAUCAUCCAAAACACGGGUACACCUUUGCAAUUGUGGGAAUCAAUCUGACUUCCAUGGCUUACAAAUUACUGAAAAGUGGAGCAGCCAAAACUCAUAUCUACAAUGCUGUCUAUUCCACUCCUAGCAUCAAUACAUUCCAUCAUCUCUACUGCUAUCUCUUCUAUGAAUUCGAUCGAUACUGGAUGGAGUGCAAACCGAAGAAUAUUAUGGAAUUCUCUUAUAUUCAGGAGAAAUUUGAAGCAAACAUUCUGCGGGAUUUGUCCAACAAUAGUACAAUCUUCAGAAUUAAUCUUUCCAUUGAUAACAUCUAAGAGCACAUGAAAUAAACAUUUUUGUUCAGAAAA